UUUAUCAACCACUCCUGCUUGUAUGCUAAAGUUUUACUCUUUUCUUUCCCCCUUCCCAGCCUUGCUUCUGAUCUGACUCUCACACGUCAGGGUCCCAAUCCACCUUUUUCUGAAAACUAUCACACUUUGCCAAAGAAUACCAGGCAGCCUUCAGGGAGCUCACCGCCACCGAGUCGCAAUUUGCCGAGUGACUACAAGUAUGCACAAGAUCGUGUUAGCCACCUGAAGAUGUCCCAGGAGGAAAGGAAAGCAAAUAAGGAUGGAACUGUUUGGCAGCUUUAUGAGUGGCAGCAGAGACAGCAAUUUAAGCAUGGCAGCCCCACUGCCCCGCUUUAUGUAGGCUCUUCGGAUUUUAUUGAUCGGGGUAAGUCAAAAAGUUCAUUGGAUGUUCCACGAUCAAUAUCUGUUCCACCUUCUCCAUCUGAUAUUCCUCCACCUGGACCUCCAAAAAGCUUUCUCCCGAGGAGACCACACACUCCUGCAGAAAGGCUUACGGUUAAACCAUCUGACGAGAGACAGACUGUAGACAGUCCUUUCACUGGAUCACCUAGGAAGAUUCGAAGUAAUGCUCUAAAGAGCUCAACUCACAUUGAUCGACGCUCGAUGCCAGCUAUGGGCUACAUGACCCAUACUGUGAGCGCACCAAGUUUGCAUGGCAAGUCGGCUGAUGACACUUAUAUCCAGUUGAAAAAGGAUUUGGAGUAUUUAGAUCUGAAGGUGUCGGGACGUGACACGCUAAAAGAGCGAAGUACGAAACCCGUCAAGGUUGCAGAAAGUGAUAUCGAUGUCAAGCUGAGCGUUUUCUGUGAGCAGGACAGAAUUCUACAGGACUUGGAGGACAAAAUAAGAGCUCUUAAGGAAAAUAAAGAUCAGCUGGAGUCUGUUUUGGAGGUGUUACACAGGCAGAUGGAACAGUACAAAGACCAACCACAGCAUGCGGAAAAAAUUUCCUACCAGCAAAGACUUUUGCAAGAAGAUCUUAUACAUAUUCGGGCUGAAAUAUCCAAAGUUUCAACGGAAAUGGAAAAUGCCUGGAAAGAAUAUCUGAAACUAGAAAAGGACGUGAGCCAGCUGAAAAAAGCCUUACAGGAACAAAUGAAUAGUUCAUUGGUAUCUCAGGAGAAAACACAAAUACAAAAAGACUUGUGGAGAAUUGAAGAUGUUACAGCUGGCUUGAGUGCAAAUAAAGCAAAUUACAAAACCAUAGUGGACUCCAUCAAGAAUCCAGAAAGAAAAAUAGUGCCUUCAUUUUCUCAGUCUACAGUGCCUUCUUCCUUACCAGCUUCUCUCACAACCGUGGAGAGCAAACCUUCAGUUCCACAAAGCCCUCCGUCCAGCCUGGUCAAACCUUCGCUAGAGGUGAGACUGUAUCCACAGCCUUACUUCCAGGCCAGAACGCAGCAACAAGUACCACAGCUGAAAAAAAUUGAGCCACCUCUUCAGUCACCAGUUAGGCUAAUGCCAAAGGUUGAAGAUGAAGCACCUCCCAGACCUCCUCUUCCUCAGUUAUACAGUCCUGAAGAUCAGCCACCAGCUGUUCCACCACUCCCAAGAGAAGCCACUGUCAUCAGACACACAUCAGUGCGUGGCCUGAAACGUCAGUCGGAUGAAAGAAAAAGAGACAGAGAACUAGGACAGUAUGUAAACGGAGAUUAUAGGGUAGAACUGCGUUCAUAUGUGAGUGAACCAGAACUGGCAAUGAUAGGCGGUGACCUCAGCCAACCUUCCAGUGGUUUCAUAACUGUUGAUAGUGGAUACCAGACAUUGCCUACUCGUGGCUUGUCUGGAUCAACUUCCAGAUUGCACCAGUCAUCUACCAUUUCAUCAUAUGCAACUCUUCGAAGAGAUAGGUCCAAGGAGAGACCAAAGAGUGCCUUGGAACGUUUAUACUCUGGAGACCACCAAAGAGGCAAGAUGAGUGCAGAGGAACAACUAGAAAGAAUGAAACGACAUCAGAAGGCAUUAGUUCGUGAACGCAAGAGAACCCUUAGCCAAGGAGAAAGGCAGUCUGUUUCAUCUCGGUCUUUCAUCCGGCCCAUUUCUGCAGACAUAGGCUCAUGGAAGCGAGAGCAAGAAUUUGAUUUGCAGCUACUUGAGAGGGCAAUUCGUGGGGAAGACAAGGAUGAAAAUGAAUGGUUAAAAGUUCAGCCAGUAGCAGUAGCGGUGACAGAGACAGACCUGGAGCCUCAAGACUACGAUUUAGACAUCAGCAGAGAGUUGUCAAAACCUGAGAAGGUUGCAAUUCCAGAACGUUAUGUUGAAUUGGAGCCAGAAGAACCUCUUUCUACAGAAGAACUGGCAGCGAGGCAGCGUAAAGCAGAGAAGAUAAAGAAUAUUCUUACUAAAUCAAGUAUGCACAAUCUACAGCCUACUGUUGCCCAGGACAAGCACAACUCAGUUGAUUUAGAUUCACAGCUCCAAGAGCAGGAACGCAUCAUUACCAUAUCAUACGCUUUGGCUUCUGAAGCCUCUCAGAGGAGCAAGGAGGUAGCAGCUCAGCAGUUGACCUAUCCACCCAAAGCACCCUCACCUUCUGUACCACAGCCACCUCACUCUCCCCUAAGCAAUGGAUUUCACUACACAUUUGUUUAAACACCUUAAAACCAAAGCAGUAAGUGAGCAAUGAUGUAAGACUCGAAGCAAAUCCCACCCCAGUGGCGCCGUGUAGAAGAAAGAGGAGAUUGAUUACGAGCACUCUGUGAAGGCAUGCACUGGCUGAUCACAGGUUCUUUCUUUUGGAAAUAUGUUCAGAGAAUAAUGGGGGAUUUUCUAUGAAAAUGGAGAGAAUUGCUUAACAUCUUAUUUUGACUUCAGUUUAGUUCAGACUUUUUAUAUGAAUGAAUGGCACUUUUAAUAAAUUCUGUAAAAUACUGACAAUGUAUUUUUAGAACAGAAUGUAUUUUGGAAUUUGUUUAAAUCAAGGGCUGAAUUCAUUUGAAGAGGAACUACUUGCAUAGUUGUUACGAGACGCUGUUACUUCCCCCUCAGGCUCAGAAGCACAAUGUAAAGUUUUAUGGAAAAAAAAAAAUGCAAGUUGAACAAUCCUAGAAACAAAUUCGUAGGGUAUGGAUAGAGCUAACCCCACUUGAGAGGUUUACUGUAGGGGUGUUUUGGGCUGAGUAUCUUAAUAGAGUUAAUCACCCACCCUUUUGCCCAUGGAAUAAUACAUCGCAAGGAACUUGUAGUUUGAUUUCCUAAAUCUCAGUAUAGCUGAAAUUUUCCAUGAAAGCCAUUACAAAAACCAAUUUUUAACUCCUGUUUCCUUUUUUGAUUGCGUAUGAUUAGCUUGCUGGUAUUGAUACACGGCAUGCUAGAUUGCUCCUGACAGUAGUAACAACCAGCUAACAAAGUUUUUUUUUUUUUUGUGAAAGUUGAGAUAUGGAAGAAGGAAACUUUUAAAUUAAAGUGUGUCACGUAAGCAAUAAGAAAAAUAGGAUGCGUCAUUUUACUAGUAAAUAUAUAUUUUUUCUUCAGAAUAUCUUUUCAAUAAAAAGUACAAUAUGAUGUAUUGACUAGUAUUUAUGCUGGAAACAGUAAAACUGAUGUAAUUUGGCACCUGCUGAUUUUACAUGUAAGUUCACCUCAUGCUUAACUUUGCCAAACUUUGAAAUUCAGCGUUCUACUUAUAUGGCGAAGGGUGAGGUGGUUACGAAAGGAGAAAAGAAUAUUAAAUGAAUGGCUACAAGUGCUUUAACUGGAAAAAAAAAAAAUAUAUAAAAAUGCUGAGUGCAAGAUAUGCAGAAAUUGCCCAAUAUUAGGUAGUUGAGUUCAGCUCUAGAUAAAGAACGGCUGAGAAAUAAAUUGCAGUAUUUUGUGAUACUACUAACUUGUUUAUAUGCUGUAUUCAAGUAAUAGAUACAAAGCCCUGGAAACUGAUUGAACUUCAAGUUUCAGACUUUGAGUCAAAUCAUAUUAUCUUAAUACUGUAGUCGGAAAUAUUCUUUAAAAUAUAUGUUUAGCUAAUGUUAUUCUAUUUUACCUCAAUACUGCCAGUAUCAACUUCAAAACCUUUUUGCCAAAAUAAUGAUUUAUUUUUGCCUUUAUAAAAAAGUUCUGAGAGCAUAAAUGAAUAUUUUGCAAGAAAACAUUAAUUUAAAUGUAACAGUUCGGAAAAUGGUAUAUGUACAGAUUAAAAUAUUAACAUAACUGCC